AUGUCAGCUAUAUUAUUCAGUGUUCUUUGGAUAAAUCUGGCUGUUUUGGGGUGGGCGGGGGAGGAAAACAGAGAUAGGCGUUUAUUGUUAAGUGAUCCACAAAUGAUGCAAGUACAGCUACAGGAAAUGCAGAGGAGGAUCCAGGCGCUUGAGGCGCAGACUAAUGUCAGAGGGUCAAGUAAUGGAGCUGUGUUUACAAUCUGGGGAAGAACAUCCUGUCCUUCUGUCAACGGUACCACGACACUUUAUUCAGGAGUAACAGGAGGCGGUAUGUACAAUCAAGGAAGUGGCGUCACAACUCUGUGUUUGCCUCACAACCCCGACUCACUUCCGGCAGAUUUCCCCGCCCUAACUGACGAUAACCCAGGACCAGCCUAUAUAUUCGGAGCUGAGUACCAGUUAAACUACAAGAACGUGGCAUAUGAUGAUGAUGUACCAUGCGCAGUUUGCCACGCGCAGACGUCUACUUCCGCAUUAAUGAUCCCGGCAAAACUUGUGUGUCCUCAAACUUGGAAAUUACAGUACAGUGGGUUUCUGAGUGCAGAGAGGUCAGACUAUAAGGGGUCAGAUUAUAUUUGUGUUGACCUUAACCCGGAAUACUUGGAGGGAACUCGGGCCGUUAACGCGGACGGGAGGCUGAUUUUUCCAGUUCGAGCGAGAUGUGGUUCUUUGCCGUGCCCGCCAUACAAGGAGAAACAAUAUGUUUCUUGCGUGGUUUGUGCCAAUUAGCCUUAAGC